AUGGCGUCACAAGUUCUUGCCGGAAUCAAUAACGAUCUAAUCGCCCGAUCAUGGAUAGCAUCGGCCAGAGCUUACGGAACAGAGCCCUAUCACAAAGAAGAAACAGAGGAAAUCGUAACUUUCUCUUUCCGACCAUCUUUCUCGGAGAAAGAAUGGUUCUCUCCGGCGAGCAAGUCUUCCUUUGGAGAAAUCAAGAUGAAUCGUGAUCAAUUUCCUUGUAUGAGAAGCAUCGGCAACGACGUCGACGCUACUGUUAACGAAGCUUUUCUCAAGACUCUUGAACUUCUCACCUCUCCAAGAACCUCAUUUUGUGAUGUCGUGAAAAUGGUUGUCGAUGGCCGAAGACAUAAACGGAUAGUCUUCACUGGACAUUCUUCAGGAGGAGCAACUGCAAUCUUAGCAACAGUUUGGUAUUUGGAGACAUACUUCAAGAAACAGAGUCCUCUCCCUGUCCCGGAGCCUCUCUGUGUGACCUUUGGAGCUCCUCUGGUCGGUGACUAUGUCUUCCAACACGCGCUUGGGAGAGAGAACUGGAGCCGCUUCUUCGUCAACUUCGUCGCAAGAUUCGAUAUCGUCCCUCGGCUUGUGCUUGCUCGAAAAGCAUCCACAGAGAAAGCUCUGCCUCAUGUUCUUCGCCAGUUAGAUCCCACAAGACCUCCGAUCCAAGAAAACGACCAAAGCAUCGCAGAGUUUUACAAAACAGUGAUGAAAGACACAGCGACCGUUGCUCACCAAGCCGUCUGUGAAUUGAUCGGAAACGGAGAAGCGUUUCUGGAAACUCUCUCCAGUUUCCUUGAGCUGAGUCCUUACAGACCAGCAGGCACUUUUGUCUUCUCUACAGGGACGAGACUGGUCUCGGUGAACAACUCAGACGCCAUUCUUCAGAUUCUGUUUUACGCUUCUCAGUCCAGCAACGAGCAUGAGUUAUCUCUAGUCCCAUACCAAAGCAUAAGAGAUCAUCACAGCUAUGAGGAGCUUGUACAGUCAAUGGGGCUAAGGUCGUUCACUCACUUGGAUCUUCAUAACUUGCUUUUGGAUGGAGAAGCUGCUCUCAGUGACCUCGGACUGAGCACAAGAGCCAGGCAAUGUGUCCGAGCUGCAAUGGACGCAGAGAAGAAACGAGUGGAUAAUCAGAGCAAGGUAGAAGCCAAACGGCCAAAGAUAUUGGAGAAGCUGAAAUGGUUAGAGGAAGAGUACAAGCCAAGGUGUCGGACGCAUAAAAACGGCUACUAUGACUCCUUCAAGUUUUCUUUGGAAGAGCAUGACUUCAGAGCAAACGUCACGAGAGCUGAGCUAGCUGGUAUAGUCGACGAGGUGCUCGGUUUGGUGAAGAAAGGUCAGCUUCCAGACGACUUCGAAGGGCAAAGAGAUUGGAUCGUGCUAGCGACUAGAUACCGCAGACUAGUUGAGCCUCUUGACAUUGCAAACUACCACAGGCAUUUGAAGCAAGAAGACACGGGGCCUUACAUGCUAAAAGGAAGACCGAACCGGUACAAACACGCUCAAAGAGGGUACGAGCACGAUCGUAUGAAGGCAGGGGUAGAGAUAGAGGGAGCGAGUUGCGGAUCGUGCUUUUGGGCUGAGGUCGAAGAUCUCCAGGGAAAGCCUUAUGGAGAAGUUGAGGUAAAGGUUAAGGAGUUAGAACGGUUGCUUCAAGGAUGGAUCAAUGAGGGUGAAGUAGACCAUGAGCAAAUAUUUCUGGAGGGUUCUACAUUUAGAAACUGGUGGAACUCGUUUCCUGAGGAUCACAAACGCUAUUCUCCGCUGCGAGAGCUUAUGAGUGAAACAAGAGCAACUUGA